CGGAAGGACAUCAAGAUGAAACUGCUCUUCGCAAUAACCGUUAUUGUGGCAUUUGCUCUAGCAGAUGAAUUCGAAACAAAUCCUCAGUCAAUUGAAGCGGAUCUUCUAGCGUCAGCAUCAGUCGAAUCACAAAAUUCUCAAGAAUUUGUGCAGCCAGCUGCUAGUAGAUACAGUUAUGUCCCACCGACACCAGCUCCACAAAAACCGUGGGUUCCCCCAAAUAAUUACAACCCCGUAAAUCCUUCGACUCAACAGAAUACCUAUUAUCCAGUUCAAAACGACCCUCCAUCGGCAAAUUAUAAUUACCAACCCGAAAACAAUAACCCAUACCAAACCGACAGCACAAGUUCGUGGAAUAAACCUAUACCCAAUGCUCCUUCAAACUCAUGGAACCAAAACCAACCUCAGAACUCAUGGAAUAAUCAACAAAACACUUGGAACAAUCCCCAAAACACAGGCAACCAAAAUACAUGGAACAAGCCUCAAAACACAGGUAACCAAAACGCAAUGAACAACCAACAAAAUACUAAUACCCAAAACUCAUGGAACAAGCCCCAAAACUCUGGUAGCCAAAACACAUGGACCAAUACUCAGAACACAGGGACGCAAAACUCCUGGAAUAAACCCCAGAAUACAGGAAAUAAUUGGAACACAGGUAACCAGAACAAUUGGAACAACUGGAAUCAGAAUCCAACCGCUGCGCCUAGCACUACUACUCCGAUAUCCAUUAUCAAGAACGAACAGAUUUUAGGCGAUAAUGGAAGCUACAAAUACGAAUACGAGAUCGCGGACGGCACUCAUGUCGCUGAAGAGGGCUUUGUUAAAAACCCUAAUACCGAACAAGAAACUAUUGUGAAGAAAGGUUUCUACUCCUACACUGGUGCCGAUGGCAAAGUGUAUUCUGUCACAUACUGGGCUGACGAAACUGGUUUCCACGCGGUAGGCGACCACCUUCCCAAGCCCCCUCCAAUUCCUCCAGCGAUCCAGGCAUCGAUCGAUCAGAACGCAAAGGAGGAAGCAGCCAAAGCUGAAGCUGAGAAAAAUAAACCCCAACAGCCACAAGGUUAUCCCCAGGGACAGGAGCCUCCAAAACCAAUAGUUCCCCUGCAGCCAGUCCAGACUCCCAUUCAACCUCAAUACCCCCAGCAAACCUACUACCCUCAAGAGCAACAACAACAAACCUACUACCCCCAACAACAAACAUACUACCCUUCUCAGUCUUACGGCAAGUAAGGUCACUUCACGUCAUUAGUUCCUUACAAUUUAAGGGACAAAAUGUUCUAUAAAUCUUAUAUCAAGAAUUAGAAAAGUUUUUAUGUGAUAGCUACUAACAUUCGACAAGUUACCUCAACAUAAAAUAAAUAUCAACUAUCUUGGUCACGAAAUUCUUUGUGAACUUGAUAGCUGUAAGUGUUUCUAAACAGUUUGUGAUAAACUCGAGAAACCAGUGUGAUAUGAUGUAC